AUGACUAAUGUUAGUCAUGUUAAUGAUGCUGGGACAAGUGUGGCAGCAACGAAUAUUACUACAACUAGUCGUACAAGUACUCCACAGGCAAUGGCACCAGCGGAGAAACCCGAAAAUUCACGGAGAUAUUCUAAUUUCCUAUGCAGGAAUUACACUCUAAGUGACCUCACAGACAAUCUAUACAAUGUGUAUAGUGGAAUGAAGACGUUAAAAGCAUUAUGGAGUACGCUGGAAAGAAAAUACAAGACUGAAGAUGUUGGAACCAAGAUGUUAUUUGUUGCAAUAUUCCUUGAGUAUAAAAUGAUCGACAGCAAGUCUAUCGUAUCUCAAGUACGGGAACUGCAAGUUAUCAUCCAAGAUCUCCUUGCGGAAGGUUUGGUUAUGAACAAGGCAUUUCAAGUUGCUGCCAUAAUAGAGAAGUUGCCACCUAUGUGGAAGGACUUCAAGAACUACUUGAAACAUAAACAAAAGAAUAUGACAGUCGAAUAUCUCAUAGUAAGGCUACACACUGAAGAAUACAACAAAGCCACAGAAAGGAGAUCAAAAUUAAAUUAUGCAAUGAGUGGAGCAAACAUUGUAGAAGACGACCACAACAACUUAAAAAAACGGAAGAAAACUGGACAAGAAAUCAAUCAACUUAAGAUGAAAUUCAAGGAAAAAUUCUUUAAUUGUGGCAAGAUUGACCACAAGUCAACUGAUUAUCGUGCCCUAAAGAAAGGCAAAAAGAAGGAACAAGCAAAUAUGGCUAAAUUCAAGAACAAAAUAGAUGAUCUGUAUGCCAUGUUGUCUGAAUGUAACUUGGAGGGAAAUUCUCUAGAAUGGUGGAUGGUUCUGGUGCCACCAACCACGUUUUUGCAAAUAAAGAGUUCUUUGCUGCGUUCGCUCCAGCUCAAGGCGAAGAGAAGAUCUAUAUGGUAA